ACAACCCACCACUCACACACGCAAACUCACAUACGAAGUGGGAGGACAAUCCAAACAGUUGGCGGCAAUCGGCGGCGAUGGCGGGGCAAUCUCGGAAGUGGAUGAUUCUGGUGGCCACAAUAUGGAUUCAGGCGUUCACCGGUACGAAUUUCGAUUUCUCGGAGUACUCUUCGUUGCUGAAGUCCGUUCUCGGCAUCUCUCAGGUUCAAUUGAAUUACCUCGCCACCGCGAACGACAUGGGGAAAUUGUUCGGAUGGUCGUCGGGAUUGGCUCUCGCCCAUCUGCCGCUGUGGAUUGUGAUGUUCAUUGCGGCGUUCAUGGGCUUAGUCGGUUACGGCCUCCAAUGGCUUCUCAUCAAGAACAUCAUCGCUCUGCCUUAUUUUGUGGUCUUUCUUCUCUGCUUGUUGGCUGGCUGUAGCAUCUGUUGGUUCAACACAGUAUGCUUUGUUCUGUGCAUCAGGAAUUUCCCAGUCAAUAGAACCCUUGCAUUGUCACUAACAGUGAGCUUCAAUGGCGUAAGUGCAGCACUAUACACCCUUGCUGCCAAUUCAGUAAACCCGUCUUCAGAUUCAGUAUAUCUCCUUCUGAAUGCUCUCGUUCCCCUUCUCACUUCCAUAGCAGCACUUGUCCCAAUCCUUCGCCAGCCUGCUUUAAACCCUCUUCCUCCUGAUGCAGUUCAUAAGGAUUCGUUGAUAUUCCUAAUACUAAAUGUCUUGGCCAUAUUCACUGGCCUUUACCUCCUUAUCUUCGGUUCAUCUACCUCUGAUGAAGCAAAAGCUCGCUACUUCUUUGGUUUUGCAAUUUUCCUCCUUGUCUUUCCAUUAUGCAUUCCUGGUAUUAUAUAUGCUCGAGAGUGGUUUCAUCGUACCGUUCAUUCUAGCCUUCGGAUGGAAGGCUCACACUUCAUUCUAGUGCAUGUAGACGAUCUUGAGCUUCACAAGGAACUCCUUUCCCGCCAGAAUAGUGCUAUUAACAAUGGAGAUUCUCUCAGCUUGCUGAGUGACAACAAUAAUGGGUCUAUGUAUUCACAUCGGAAGGCAAAAAAUAGUGAUCCCUGUUGUCAGCAUUUGAUUGAGAAAGAUCAGUUGGUAAUGCUAGGAGAAGAGCACCCAGCUUCAAUGUUGGUUCGUAGGUUGGAUUUUUGGCUCUACUAUGUUGCUUACUUCUGUGGAGGCACAAUCGGCCUGGUCUACAGCAAUAAUCUAGGACAAAUUGCCCAAUCCCUAGGCCUGAGUUCAAGUAUUUCUUCCCUUGUCACGCUCUAUUCUGCCUUCUCCUUCUUUGGCCGCUUGCUUUCAGCUGGACCAGACUACAUUCGCAAGAAAUUCUACUUUGCAAGGACAGGAUGGUUAGCCGUUGCUCUUAUACCAACCCCAGUUGCUUUCUUCUUGCUAGCUUCGUCAGGAAGUUCUCUGGCGCUUCAUGUAGGCACUGCUCUAAUUGGGUGGAGCUCUGGGUUUAUAUUUGCUGCUGCUGUAUCUAUCACAUCCGAGCUUUUUGGGCCUAACAGUGUCGGAGUUAAUCACAACAUUCUCAUUACAAAUAUCCCGAUCGGGUCCCUUCUCUAUGGCUUGCUAGCCGCAGAAUUUUAUGAUGCCAAUGCCCAGACUUCAACGGUUGGAUUAGGAAACUUAGCAGUGUCUGAUUCAGCAGUGUGCAUGGGAAGGCAGUGCUACUUUUGGACAUUUAUUACUUGGGCAUGCUUAUCAGUCCUAGGUGUAGCUUCUAGUAUCCUGUUAUUCCUAAGGACUAAACCUGCUUAUGAAAAUUUUGAGAGGCACCGGGUCUCAACCCAAACGGUAAUAUCCUGAUCUCUGGCGGGCCCUGUAGAAAAAUGAAAGAUCAUGGAGGUGACUUGUAUACCCAUGAUUUUUGAAGCAUAGACUCAAGCAAGCAGGGAUGAGCCUUGAUCAAUGAUCAAUAUGCAAUUUAGCAUUAUAUUGUAGACAAGGAAUCUAGUUAGGGUAUUCCAAAAAGGAUGAUGGUUGAGUUAAACCUCCUCACCGCGUCUUCAAAAAGUGGGAAAAAGAUACAUUAGAAAGCGUAACUGAGAUAGGAAUUGAAGUUUUGAACGUGUGAAGCUUGAGGAAAGCAUCAACGAAGUAGGUUUAAAUCUGGAGGUUCAAUCAAUCUCCACCUAUGAUUCAUGGGGUUGGAUCUUGAUCAAAAGGUGUAAACUUUGCAUUGUUAAUUUCCGACGAGUAAUAUUAUUUAGUUUAUAUUCGGCGAUAAAAUCAAAAGGUUCAUAAAA